AUGUAGUUCUCAAUCACCCCAGAGUGGUCUCCACCUGCAGUGUGCAGUUUCAGUGUUGCAAGAAGUUUGCUGACUUUAGAAGUGUGCCCUGCUGGGUGACCAGCCAUGAGGGUCUUGGGGGGAUUUGACAGCCUGCACGUCCUGCAGCCCCAAUUAGCUUUCCUUAGAGUAUACGGGUGGUUCCUGACCUAGUUGGGUUUUAGAGGUAGAUAGGUGCUCACCUUCUCUACUGUAGCCCUUGCCCAGCUCCUGUCUACCUUAAACUGACCUUGUGGCUUUGCCCUCAGGAUGCCUUCCAAACCUGUAGAACCCUGUUACUUUCCCCAUCUCCUCCCACCCAGCCCCACCGAAGUUCUGGGUUUGUAAGUGCCAAGAUGUUCACACUUCCGCUCAUCUCUGAGGUGGAAUUAAUUGUAUGGCCUAGGACAAGGGUGGCGAACCUAUGGCACUCAUGGCAUAGCUGGCUGUUUGUUAUUGAAAGUUCUAAAAGUUUCUCUUAGACAGCCCUAGGGUAAAGCAGGGGGAUAUUUCUUUAAGUCUUCCAGUUCUGUAUGCUGUGGUAGAAAUGAAGUUUUAGAUUCUUUUUGAAGAAUGUCAAUGGAUCACUGAGAGCUUAUGGAGGAGGUUCACCUGGAAUUUGAGGCGUCAGGUCAUAUGAGCCAUACCUCUCUGGGGUUUUAGCCACUGAGGUUUGCAGACCAGGGUAGAGCAAGAGCCUGUAUCUCACCUGCCUCAGUCAAUCUGGGCUGCAUGGGAGAAGAUAGAGUUGCCCCUGGUUCUUAGCCUGAGUGAGUGGCCUACAAUCCCUUCGUGGCUUGGGGCCUUUGUAACCAUCUGUGCCUCUUCUAUGAGGCAGGUUCAAGCGUGGGAAAUAAGAGGGUGAAAGAUGCCCUGGCCUCAGCCCUGACCAGCCUACAGGGCCAAAAGGAGGCAGCUUUUCCCUGAUCACAGGGGUCCCCCUCUUCUGCCCAGUCUUUGUGAUCCCCUGUUGGUAGGGAUGAAGCAGGUGGAGCAUGGGGUUUGCUGAGGCCUAUCUCCCACUCGACACAUGCAAGCACACAUGUUACACACCUUUGAUUAGAGGCGAUUGGCUGCACUUGUGCUGAGUUCAGGCCUUCAGAGGGUGAAAUCCGGCUCCCAGCUGCCACACACACUUUUCCGUAUGAUCUCAGGGGGUCACCCUUGUCAUUGUGCUCAACAGUAAGAGUGGGGGAGAAGGGGGUGGGAAGAGCCUGAGCCAGAGCGGUGUCCCUGCUCCCAAAUCUGUGCUUAGGGCCCGGAGCUCUUCCAGAUUAUAUUGAGGAGGCUUGCCUCCUAGGGUGGGUCUGGGGCCAGCUAGGACAGAUCCACUGAAGACUUUCUGACUCCCACCUCUAGUUUCCUGAUCUUUGAUCUGGAAGGGAUCUUUCUUCUGAGAUGCUCUUGGUGGCCUGACUCCUGAGGAGGUAUCUCUGGCUUCCCCUGCUUGCUUUUUGCCUGCAGCCUCAUUUCCUAGUGCAAGGAUAGAAAAGGUGGGGUCUGUACUCUUAUUAGCAACAUAUGUUCCCACCUUCCAGUCCUGUAUUUUAGCUCCCUGGAUAGGGUCAGAACCCCCCUACACACACUGUCCCCACAGCUCACAAUUGCUUGAGACUGAGGCCUCCUGAGGGGACUCCAGGUCACCUUUUACUCUGGCCACUUAAGGCUGACCUGGAAAGGAGGGGAUGGAGCAGGGGGUGUCCCUGUCCAAAGGUCUGGUGGGGCUGGACUAAAUAGGGAUUCUGUGGACUAGGUGCCCGAUGAAGUCUUUGGCAGGGCUUCAGAGAGCAAAAGGUGAGGUUUGGAUAUCAUGGGCAUCUGAGUACAGGGGAGACAGCCCUUUUUCUUGGCUUCCUGUCCUUGUGAGUACUGAGGACCCCAGGCAGGAGCCAGAGAAUAUUAGUGUAAUCCAGAGGGGUUUACUCCAGGUUGCCUCAAGCUGAGCACCACCCCCAGUGGAUAAUUGUGGGGGCCCUUGUGAAACAGCUGGGGUGGAGUGGGGCAGGGGCACAGUAUGCUGCAACCCAAAGCCACAGAAUGGUUACUCCAUCAUGGAGGAGGUGGACAGGGAGGUCUGGAGGGCCCUCAGGUCAACUCCUCUCUGGAAUCACUUCACCUGGAAAGUGGGGACUCCCAACCAGCAUGCAGAUGGAGCCAGAGUUUGCUGGAAGACCCAUUUCCGACUUCAGGAGUCUGGGAAAUCAGUACUCUCCUGAUCUCCAGGGGACAGGCCUUUAAACCCUAGAGGAAGCAGGGGCUUUGUUCAAGCCUCUUCAGGGGAGGCAGCUGUAGGAGGUAGGACUCUGGAUACACGGGCUGGCCCUCACCUGCUGCUGGCCCCUUCUCCUGAGGCACUGUUUGCUGGCCUCAGGAAUGGUUGGGGGGAAGGGUGAGGGUGGUGAUGUGCUGAGUCAGCGUGACUCGCCAGAACAGUGCGCUCUGGGGCAGCACUGGGGUUAUUUUUAAAGCUCUUCUUCCUUCCAAGCUUGCCCCUCCCAGGCUUCUCUAAUCUCUUCCCUGCCCCUUUGUCUAGCCCCUGCCUCCCUCACAGCCUUCAGUUCCCCUUCCCCCAUCAGUCUCCCUGACCUCACACCUGGCUGUCUAGGGGCAGGGCUGUGGAGGAGCCUGGAGGAGAGGCAAGGCCCAAAGGCUGUUCUCAGAGUGCCUGCUCACUGUGCCCCCAGGUUAUGACGACUCCCAAUAAAGGAAGCAAGGCCUUGAAGGUGAAGCGGGAGCCUGGUGAGAAUGGAACCAGCCUGACGGAUGAGGAGCUGGUGACCAUGUCAGUGCGUGAGCUAAAUCAGCACCUACGGGGCCUGUCCAAGGAGGAGAUCAUCCAGCUGAAGCAGCGCCGGCGCACUCUCAAGAACCGUGGCUACGCAGCCAGCUGCCGUGUCAAGCGGGUGACACAGAAGGAGGAGCUGGAGAAGCAGAAGGCGGAGCUGCAGCAGGAGGUGGAAAAGCUGGCCUCUGAGAAUGCCAGCAUGAAGCUGGAGCUCGAUGCCCUGCGUUCCAAGUAUGAGGCCCUGCAGAACUUCGCCAGGACCGUGGCCCGCAGCCCUGUGGCUCCAGCUCGGGGCCCCCUUGCUGCCGGCCUGGGACCCUUGGUCCCUGGCAAGGUGGCCGCCACAAGUGUCAUCACAAUAGUAAAGUCCAAGACGGACGCCCGGUCGUAGGGAUGUGUGCGAUUGCUGGGCGGUUCUUUGAGGGGCCACUAGGCGCAUGGCAAAUUUGGCAGCCCUGUCCCUCAUCUUCCUCUUUUCUUCCUUUCCUCCUCUCUUCCUCUCCCCCAUCCUCCCUUCCCUGCAAAGCACAACCUGCACCCCAGGGGUACUGGGCUGAACCCCUUUGAUCUCAUCGUUGUCGUGCGUGUGUUUUGUACGUUGGGAUUGGUCAGUUUGGCAGUGAUGUUGGGUUGCCCCAACCCCUCUUGUAACAAGGCCACGCAGGCAAGGAGUUCAGAGUCAGCACUGUGGGAAUGGACAAGGGAGAGACCGAGAGAGCAAGUGAGCAAGCGCACUAGGCCUCAGGUCUGCCCUCCUUACCUGCGUGCCCGUAGGCCCCA